CGACUUAAUGAUCUCGGGUAUAGCGCGUUUGGCCCAUACGUGCCGAACUGACCCCAAUCAUAUAAUGCAGUUUUCGGAGAAGGAACAUAUUUUUUAUAAUUUACAAGUCACAUUUGCUGUUAUGGUGAGAGGAUGAGAAAAAAAUAAAUAAAUACUACUAUUUUUUAUUUAUUUAUUUUGGAAUAAAAAAAAAAAGAGAAAAUGAUAAUUUCCAAGUCUCUCCGGAAGGGCAAAAGAGUCCAAUAAUUGGAAACUAGUACCAAGAAAUGGGAAGUCCGUCCCCACUGGGAGGGCGGUCCACGCGUCGGCGAUCGAAACGGUCUAGAUUGUGGGGGAAGGUUCUCGCUCUCCCAUUGGUCCACGUAUACACCUUAGACGAAACCAGCUCCGGUUUCCUCCACCAGAGCCGGUUUCGCCCUACUUUUUCACACAACACUCUCUCCAUAAACAGCAGCCGAUCGACGAUGUGAAAUCGAAAUCGGAAUCGGAAUCGGAAUCGCUCCCCAAUUUAAUUUGCUUCUCGAAAACCAGUUGAUACAUUACACAUACAUACGAAUCUCCACUCCCAAGAGGUGAGCGGGGAGAUCGAUCGGUGGAUCCAUAUAUAGUAUAGAGAGAGAAAAAAUGGGGAGAGGGAAAAUAGUAAUAAGGAGGAUCGACAAUUCGACGAGCCGUCAGGUGACGUUCUCGAAGAGGAGGAGUGGUUUGUUGAAGAAGGCCAAGGAGCUAGCUAUCCUCUGCGACGCGGAUGUUGGUUUGAUCAUCUUCUCCAGCACCGGCAGGCUCUACGAUUUUGCUAAUACCAGUAUGAGGUCAGUCAUCGAACGAUACAACAAAGUAAAAGAGGAACCUCACCCAUUGGCAAAUCCGAUUUCCGAAGUCAAGUAUUGGCAAAGUGAAGCUGCUAAUCUGAGGCAACAAUUACAGAACUUGCAAGCGAACCAUCGGCAUUUAAUGGGUGAAGAUCUUUCUGGAUUGAAUGUUAAAGACCUGCAGAACUUAGAGAAGCAGCUGGAAAUUGGUCUCAAGGGUGUCCGUAUGAGAAAGGUUUGAAACUUUUAUAUGAUUCACGAAUAAAUCUCUAAAAUCAUACAUGUUGGAAUCAUAUGUUAACACCAUUUCCAACUCGUUGUAGGACCACAUCCUUAUUGAUGAGAUUCAGGAAUUGAAUCGACAGGUUGAGUCAGGAUACUUACAUGC